AUGGAGAUAGUUCACGACCAAACGUACUAUGACAACGCAGCGUUCAAGCUUUUGACGUUGCUCUCGCAAAACAUGUUAGCAGAGUUCCACACACAAAUUGAAUCCCUUCAACAAGACGCUUUCAAAAACGCGAACAUCCAACAAAUCAUAUCAAUGGAACAGUUUUUCAUCGAAGGCCGGUACAACAGAGUCUUCGAGUGUGUCGGAAAACUUUCUAUCAAUGUCGCGGCGUUAAUUAACCAACUCAAACUUACUAUUGUCGAGGCAGCAGCUAACACGAUUCAAACGGCUUACAAUGAUCUCCCUAUCGACUACGCUCGUAAGCUUUUGAUGACAAAUAGUGACGAUGAGCUCAACGCUGUUGUCAAAGAACACAACUGGAGAAUAGAAGGUAACAAAAUCGUCUUUGAGGCUUCAGCCGCGGAGAAGAAAAAAGGCGAGAAUAUGAACGCGUACCAAUCAGUGUCGGACUCUUUGUCUCUCAUCAAGGAAAUCGACGAGUUGAUGUAA